UGUCCAUAGAAAAUAUAUAACAUACUUUUAAAUGGCAUCUUCCCAAUUCCAAAUAUACAGCUGACCCUCCCGUGAGCCUGAGGGAGGAGCCAGAGUCACUACGCCGCUGCAGCCACCAUGGCCCACUACUGGAAAUCACAACCAAAGAAAUUCUGUGAUUAUUAAUGCUGGAUAACAGACAAUAGGCCUAGUGUUGAAUUUCAUGAGCAAGGAAAGAACCAUAAGGAAAAUGUGGCCAAAAGAAUCAUUGAGAUUAAACAGAAAAGCUUAGAAAAGGCAAAAGAAGAAGAAAAAAUAUCAAAGGAGUUCGCAGCAAUGGAGGCAGCUGCCCUUAAAGCAUACCAAGAAAAUUUGAAAAGGCUUGGAAUCAGUUCAGAAGUUACAGAAUAUAACACGCCACAAGUAACCAACACUGCCCCAUCCAUCUCAGUAUCAAGUCAGAAGAAGGAAAAGAAAAAGAGAAAAAAAGACCUUUCCAACAUAAAUGCAGUAGGAGCUGCCAAAUGGGUAGAAGGCAUGUCUUCUGAGGGUUACCGUCACUAUUAUAAUACCAUUACAGGAGAAUCUCAGUGGGGAAAACCUGAAGGAUUCCAAGGAAAAUUCAGUAAGAAAACAGCAAUGCCUCUCUGGAUAGAAAGCUUAAGUGAAGAUGGUUACACCUAUUAUUAUAAUACAGAAACAGAACCCAAAUGGGAGAAGCCUGAGGAUUUUGUUUCACAAGUUGGAGAUCCCCUUUCUAGUAAUAGUAGUGAAGUACUUGGUACCCCAGCGGAAACAAAGUCAUCUGAUUCAGAUAGUGAUUCCAGUGAAAUACAAGAAACAGAAGAGCAGAAAGAAGAGGAAAAAUCAGAGACCUCUACAGAAGUACAAAAACCAAAAAUAAAGUUUAGGGCAGCCACUGGCAAUCAGGAGUUAAAUGAUGAGUACCUCUCUGCAUCAGCCCUUAGCUUCUUUAGCCUAUGUCAUCAUGAGCCUGCUUCUGGCUAG